UUUUCCAAGUCCCAGUGAAAAUAAAGACCUCGGAGUGCCGUCUCGAAUUUGUUCGUUACAUAAAUCACAGGUUCGAUUAAAAAGGUACAACAGAAGCAUAUUUUGAAGAGCUGAUAAAUGGUUCUCUGUCUGGAAAUUCAAAGUCAAUUUCUGGAUCAGAUUGUGUGCCGCAAAUCGUGAAAAGGAAGAGCUUGUUCGAAAAGGAAAUCUGUGGAAGCUAUGAUUUAAAUUGCGAAUUAUGAAAACAAAAAUGAUAAUUUUAAAAGCCUUAUGUGAACGGUAACUUGUAUUAUAAAGAGGGAACAUUCGAUAACCGCUGCAAUUUUAAACUUUAAAGAGGAAAGAUUUUAAAGUUUUUAUCCCUGAGAGCCACAACUUUAAUUAUGAACUAUGGACAGGCGAGAUCUGAGAAUUUCUUUAUAUUUGUGGACCACUGUUUCGAGCAUGAAGAAAAGGGAUCCAACGGCUGUAUCUUCGUACAAAAACUACAAGAAUGAAUAAUCCCGAAGCUGCAUGAUCUUUCAGAUUUAUUACUCUGAUUUUUAAGCACGAGGAUCGAUUUACUUUUGAGAGCCACAAUAUCUCAAUCAUGCCACAUCCUUGCGUCGUCUGCGGCCGUUCGCGCAUGAACCCCAACAAUCGCGAGGAGGAAUAUAUGUUUUUCGGCUUUCCAGUGAAUGACGAAGCGCGUUGCUGUCGAUGGCUAGAGUUCUGUGGUCGCGAAGACCUCUACAAGCUGACAAAAAAGCAGCUUCUUCAACGUAUGGUCUGCUCUAAGCACUUCCAGCCCCAUGAUUUUCUUAAUGAACCGUAUAUAGACCGUUUAAAUUCCACCGCAGUUCCAUCAAUUUACGAUCCUAAGCAAAGUUUGUACAAUAUAACGUGUGUUCUUUGUGGCAGAACACGAAGAGAUCCACCCGCAGCAGAUUACGAUGGAACAACCUUUCAUCAUUUCCCCGGAGAAGAGUUCCGCUGCCUCAAAUGGUUGGACUUUGUUGGCAUGGAUUCUUAUUACAGGUUAACGAGGAAGGAAAUACUUUUCUGCUACAUAUGUUCCAAACAUUUUGACCGUUCGCAAUUUGUCCCGGGAUUUAAGGGAAGAUUAAUGGAGAAUGCGGUCCCCAGUGUUCUUAAUCCAGACCAAUUGAACCAGACGGAAUCUGUUAUUAAAUCGGGUUUCAAAUUGCAGCCUGAACCAAAGCUUUUCAGCCCUUCAGAUAAGAGCAAAAAGGUGGAGCCAUUACCUGACAAGAUAUUGGAGAGCCAGGCUUGUGCAGCUUGUGGUCGGUUAAGGUCCGAUCCGAGGAACAAGCUGGAACGUUACAAGUUCCAUCCGUUCCCGGCAUACGAAAUAGGUCGAUGUUUGCGAUGGUGUCAAUUCUUGGGCCGGGAAGAUUUACUCAAAAUGUCGCCCAAUCAAAUACGCAAACUCGUACUGUGUUCGAAACACUUUCAGACCGGCCAAAGCUUCCACAACAUCGGCCCAUGCGAUGCGGUUCCUACAAUUAAGGAUAUUACGGAAUCUGAAAAUAUUAUGGAGCAAAAUGAGGACGAGCCGGACCUCGGAGACGAGAGCAGAGACCCUUCCAAGGUCCUUAAGCGUAGCUCUAGGCCACUAGUAUCCAGCAAGAAACCCAAAAUAGACAACAAACCUGCACCGUUAGCCAAGAAACGAGGAAAGACCCGAAGACCGACUUCCAUUAAUAUUCCUAGACCUAUGCCCAGCAAUUUGGAGAGCCAAAUGAUUAGAAAACUACCUCUUCCAUCUACAACCAAUUGGAAGAUCCAGUUGGGAGAUCAGUUGCAGCCGAUUACAAUUAAUAAUAUCCCUUCAAAUGUUACGAAUAAUCAGACAAAUAUUAAAAAAAUUAUAAUGCCAUUUACUGGGGAUAUAUCGUCUCUUGGUGCUCCGAUACCUGUUCACAGUUUAUCAAGUAUUCCACCGGGGCUGCUGAUCAAGAUAAACUUGCCAGACCAAGAGCACCAGCACCCGCUACAACAGCAGAAGUCAAAGGUGAAAAGGCAAAAGACAAAGAAUGUGACAAACAGCUCGAAUAAACAAGUUUGGGAAAAGAAUAAUGGCCAGACUUCUAUGUUGCAAGAUACGGAACAAAAUAUAGAUAAAAAUAUAGUACAGUUUCUAUCGAUGUCUUCAGAACCUGUAGAAGAGACUGUAGAUUCUAAUCAAAUAGAAAUGCAGGAACAAGUUAUUUCGCACUCUUUGGAGAUUGUGGAUGUUCAAGGCGGAGUUCAGGUGAAACAGGAAUAUUUCGACGACGUGGAUCAAGUGAAGAAAAGUCCAGGGAAGAGUAAGAAGGGAAAAGUAAGGCGACAAAAGAGAGUUACGGGAACCAUGAGAAGAACCAUGUUUCCUAUCAACAAUGAGAUUAAGUAUUUCUUUAGGAAAAUGGUGCCGCUAAUGCGUCGUCUACCGACACAAGCUAGGGCAACAAUGAAAUUGUCAAUCGUUAAUAUGGUAAUCGAUAAACUCUGAAAUUGCAAACA